AUGAAUCUAGAUGCACAUGCCAGGCAACCCCAGCAGCACUUCUACGGACUCUUCCCCCCCAGUGAAAUUAACUCGUAUUACUUUUUCCCCCCAGGGAACGUGAGGAGCUGUCGGCAGUGUGUGUUUUCAGCUUGUCUGACAUCAUCAAAGACCGGUGAGGGCUUGAAUCCUGUCCCCACACCCCGGCCUGGCCAGUGUUUAAAUAACGCAUUAAAGGCCGAAGGAUUGGACUCAUCCCUAAAACUCCCAGACAAGGUGCUGACAUUCGUGAGGGACCACCCUCUGAUGGAGAACAGCGUCAACGCAGCACCCCUGCUGGUCCGCAAGGGGACAAGAUACACCAAGCUGGCUGUAACCAAGAUAGGAGCAGAGCCAACAGGAGUGGUGCUGCACCUCGGAACAGACCGUGGGGAGCUCCACCAGGUGGAGGUAGUGGGCCAGAACACCUCCCAUCUGCAGGAGAUUCCUCUGUUCGCCUCAAAUGAACCUGUCAACAAUAUAUUACUACACAAGGGCCAGGCUCUUGUGGGCAGCCCUCUGUCUCUGGCUCGUGUCCAGGCUGAAGGCUGCGCUCUGUAUCCCAACUGUGAGCUGUGUGCCAGAGCCAGAGGACUGGGCUGUGUGUGGAGCGAGAAGGAAGCAGCCUGCAGGAGCACGGCAGCAAAGCCUGGUCCAGGUGAUUCAGUUGAGGAGGCCUUGAGGAAAUGUGAUUUAAAGGAGGGGCAUUGCUCUCCUUCCACCAGGGAGCUGCAAGUUUCCAUCGGCCUGCACCUCUUGUUGCCGUGCGUCCAGCUGACUCCCAGGCCCUGCAGCUGGGAACAUCCUCUCCACAGACACACCCGGCAACAUCACUCUGACCUGGAGGUGACGGUCACAGAGGAGAGCCUGGGAAAAUACAUCUGCACAUGCCAGGAGGUGAGACCAGGUAGCAGAGACCACACCCCCUGUCGUAGAGCAGCCUAUCACCUCACACUAAAAGGCCCUAAAGCUGGGGGAACAGUAGCCACAGCCGGUGGUCGUCACGUCCUGGCUGUCUACAUCCUUUUCUUCUGUGCGGGUGUAGCGUUCGGUAUGUGUGUCCUGUACUUCUUGACCCGGCGACGCAACAUUGGACGCCAGGGCCACCCGCUGCCAGAUAAUUCGCUGUCGUCUGGGAAGGGGCAGGACUUACUCGGCUCCUCUGCCACUCCGCAGUCCCCGAGCAGCGCCAGCUUGCUGUCAGAGGGAUUCCGGCUAACAGAGAAGCGAAACGGGACCGCGACCACGACCACGUCAACCACCCUCCUCAGCAACCAGGGGAAUGGUGGUCCCCAUGGUAACAGCUACAGCGGGACCCUGAUCCACAGCAACCCAAGCAAUGGCCACGGGAACGCCUUGUACACCAACUGCAACACGAGUAGCAGUGGGCUUAAGCUUGCCUCCGAAAUUCUAGCUGCAGACAUGUUGGACGCAAGGAUAGGGGAGAGGGUGAGGCCUAAGGUGGUAGAGAGGGAGUCAGGGGAGGGGGACGAGGUGGAUGAAGGGCUGGGGGACGGGUUAGGGGAAGGAAUAAAAGGACUAGAGGAGGAGCUUGCCAGCUUUCCCAUGUUUAAAUCACCAGCACCACUGGCUCAGUGUGAGGAAAGCUCAAUAUGACAAAGUGAUAACAAAAAAUAUUAAUAAUUGCACCAUUUUUGCUUCCUCCAAAUAAACUGGGUACUGCUGGGAGGGAUGCAAAAUGGCUACUGCCAAAUGCCUUUGAAAGGGAGCUGUGGCUCGAAGAGAGACUACAGAGACGUGAGGAAAAUAUGUGAGUAUGAGAGACGUAUAGAGAGAACUGCGAGUGUUGGGAUGGACUGUCACAGCUAAAUAAAUGUAUCAGAUGUAAAUAAAUAAAACUGUAAAUAUAAGCUGUUGACAGGACAGUGAGCGUGACACUGGGCAUUUCAGAUGUCACAGUGAAUCAAAGGCCACGUGUGUGACCAAAAGCCAUAUUGUCUUUGUCCUUAGCGUCUGUUAUCAUUCGCACUCUCGUCCUCUUCUCGUAAUGGCACCGCAGAAGAGUGCACGUUGCAUCUUUGGGCACCUCUCUCUGUCUCUGUAUUUCUAUUUCUUUCUCUGACGCACCACUCAAAUCUUUCGAGGGGCCAGAGUCACCAAAGGACUGCUGAGCCGUGGACUGCCCAGACACUGGGCUUCAGACAAAUAGAUGUCAGAGACUAAAGAACCAUGACGGGGCUGUUCCGGCCUAAACUGCCACAGAGGGCAAGUGGAUGAUGGGUUCAAGUUCACCCAUCAACAAGAAAGUCUACAGCUGCCCAGAAAUGUCCCUGUUCACCUGUACCGUAACUCAGAAGGCAAACGAUUUUCAACAAGGAUGUGAAAAUAAACUGCAGAAUGGACACUGAGCCACAAUCACCUUGUCUGUGGAUUUCAACAUAAAAAUGUGUUGGGUUUUUCUGUCCUGUUGUUUUAUAAUAAAGACACAAAAGUUGCUGUUUA